AGCUUUACGGAGAAUAGUGCCUUACAAACAUCAUUCAAAGCAGAUUUGUUAUUUAUUUCUUACUUUUAAGACUGUCAAUAGAAUAAAAUAAGUCUGAUUAAUCUCAUGAUUUCUGAGCAGUCUUUAUCAGAUUCGGUAAACGUGUCUGUUUAAAAUGAAUGCUUUAAGCUUAUUUAAUUAAUAGCUCAUGUAAACACACUAACUUAGGCAGCCCUAAAAUCUUUUUUUUUUUUUCUUUCAGGGACCCCCUAGUACCCUUGUAGGUCCCUGGACCCCAGUUUAAAAAACCCUGCUCUAGAAUAUCAUGAAUCUUGCUUUGAGUAACAAAUAAUAAAGUAAACUAUUGUUAUUAUUUAUUAAUCUGUAUGACUAACAUUUUUUUUUCCCAUUGGAAUUGCAUUUAGCAGUCCAGUUUGUCUAAACCCCUGAAAUAUUGUGCUAAAGCACCACUUAAAAAACCUCCAUUUGCAUAAAAAAACAGGGAUAAUAACAGCUCCUUCACAGUGCAUACUUAAAGGCUUCCUUUACAUCAUGUCUGUACUUGCUUGGCUUAUUCCAAGACUCCGGUAUGAGGCAGGCAAUUUUUUUUUCCAGACUUCAGGUGGAAUUUCUCAUAUAUUCCCGCCCAUAGGAUUAUGACUGCAGUUUAGACCCUGUUGUUUUGCUGCCAUUUUUAAGCCCCCCCAAAUUCCUCUAAAACAGGCCUUUUCAAACUUUUUGAUGCAUGGACCCGUAAAUAUGAUGAUCCCCUUGCUACCCAUGUCAUAAAUUAUACAAUAUUUCCAAGUAUAAAGAUCCAUUUAGAUCUUGACAGAAGGCCUAUGAUGAGAGAUGAAGAAAACUAUGGUUGAUUUCAAAGUAAUUGUUAUUAUUCUGAUUAUUUAUUACUAGUCUUUAUAAAAAAAAAGGGUGCAAAGAUGCUCAUUCAUUUAAAAUAUCCAAGAUCUACAUGUUUACUACAUGUUAUUAGCAUGUUAUAAAUCGAAAAGUGCCCCUUGAGUCAACAGUUGUCUCACUUAAUACAGCGUUACACAUAAAAUAUGUUCUUUAAAGUCAGUAAAGUAAAAAUAAUUUGUCAAAUAUAGCUACUACCAUGUCUGUAUGCUCUCUCAAACACCCUUUGCAAAAAUGCCUCUUAAGACUCGCAUUGGAGCCAAGUUUUGAGCAUGAAGUUUUGCCUGAAGAAUCUGGCCAUUCCUAAAAUCUUUCUAAGUGGAGGCGUGUGUGUCAGUGAAUGGCAAUGCCCAGUAGGAUAUGUAGGCCUCUGUUGCUAUAGCAGCCACCUGCCGUUGCCAAAAAGUAUUCCAUGCUGGCCCACACAGUCACCGUGCCAUCCAACUUCACUCUGACAACCAAUGAAGUUACUUAAGUCUUCACAGUUCUGCCUCACAUAACCUUUCUGAUGGACUGAGUGUUUAUUAUAUAAUUUGGAUCAGAGAAAAAACAAUUUAGGUAAUUACCAGAUAUCAUGAGAAAGAAUUAAUUAAAUAUAAAAAUCUGCAUCUGCUUGUACCUAUCUUUGACUUCUCAUAUGCCUGGUUCACACUGAUAAACUUCUCAUAAAUAAAUCUUGGUUCCUCUUCAUCUUCCGUCCAGUUUGACAUGCAUUUAGCUGUCUAAACAAACACUCUGCUGUGCUAUGUCAUUAAGAGAAACGCAGUGCUUCUUGAAUGGGCAGUGUGAAUGCAGAAUCAGAAAACUAGAAAUGUAACAUUGGUCACAUUAACUGUUGCAUUACCUAUAUGACACACGGUUCUCACAUGGCCAGGAGAUAGACAAGAGUCAGCGAGGGAGUUUCCCAUAACCUUUGAACAGCAGUGGUCAGAUGGAAUAACUAGGCACAUGAUUGUCUUGAAAAUAACCAUUCUAGGAAAACACUGACACAAUCUAUGGGGAAAAAGGCAUAAGAAAGAAACAAAUAUGUGUGUGUUAUAAAGACAAAGAAAUUGGUCACUUCCUUUUUUUUUCGUCAAGUGCCUACGUGAACAUCCAUGAAAUAGUGAAACAGAAAUUCAUUGUCAAAGGAGUUGACUUGAAAUCUCUCAACACUUUGAAAUCGUGCCAUUGUUCUUAAGAUGCAGGGUGACCCUGUGUACGACUAUCCUGACUCUCAGCCUGUAGGGGAAAAACGGGUAUGUCUACAGCGAGGAUCCCUGAAGAGCAUCAGUGUACUGGACCGGCUUCUGCUUACACACCCUGUGUGGCUUCAGCUGUCCAUCAACUCAGCUACAGCUUUGCACAUCCUACGGCGUGAGCCUUCUGGGACCUUCCUGGUGCGAAAGUCCAGCACAUCGCAGAAAAAAAUGCUCUGCGUCCGGCUAGCUGAUGACAGCACGCCGUCCUUCUUUAAACAGUUUUUCAUCCGAGAAGAGGACUCCGCAUUCUCCUUGGAAAGCUCAGCUAUCAGUUUUCCAGACCUGUGUAGACUGGUUGCCUUCUAUUGUGUUAGUCGGGAUGUCCUUCCUUUCACUCUGGAGCUGCCCGAGGCCAUAGCAAAGGCUUCCUCGCAUAAACAGUUGGAGUCAAUUUCUCAUAUGGGUGUGGAGUUCUGGAGUUCCCAAUUAAAUGUCCGUGGUCCUCGUAAUGGACCUCCAGACAAACACUUGCCCCCAGCUCCAAGCCCACAAGACUGCUCUACGCCCACUGACCCAAACCCUACCCCAUUCCAGGAGCUUUGUCAAAUCCGAACACGGAGACCCUGCGAGUUGAAUUUCGGGGGAGGGAAAGAAUUGUGUUUCAUCAACCCUCUCUUCCUGCAAGAAUACCCUGGUCGCAGCGCCAUGCACAGACGUCAUAAUUUCAAAUCCAGCAUGAAGGUCCGUGUCUCCACUGAAAAUUCUAGCCCUCUAUCACCACCUGCCGUCCCACCCCCUCCACCACCAUUAAUGGCUAAAGCCAAAUGCAAAGCUAGAUUGAAAGCUGCAAAGCUGGCAACCCCACCUGUUGCAGUUCAAGCCAGCGAGGAAGCUAUCAAGAAGACAGAACCUGUGCAAGAAACCACAGACUAUAUGCGGCCUUGUGCAGAGUUGUGGAAGAGGGCUUCCACCAUGGUCGCCCCUACCCUUUCUCCCACUGCUGAGGAAGAUGACUAUCAGAUGCCCAAAGCUCUUCAGAAGGGCCACCCGAAAAUCCUGGAGAAGGAAGGACAGGAGGAAGAUGAGGAGGAAGGACUGAUGCUGGAAAAGCGACGUGCUCCGUCCCUCAGCGAGCUGGAUAGCAGCAGUUCCCUUAGUAGCCUCGAUGAGACAGAGGAAAGUCCUGAGCGUCCUCCCCUCAUACGUGGCACCAGCAAUCCUAUCAUUCCGUGUCAGUCACCUCCACAGAAGUCCAUCUCAGCCCUGCGCAAGAUGAGCGCCGUCUUCAUGUCCUUUUUCAAACCAGAGAAGCGGGUGAUGCGGCUGGUGGAGGACUUGUCUCGUGACCGCUGUAUGGCAUUCGGCGCUCUUGUUCAGGAUUUUCUGAGGCAGCAGAGAGAGGUGUUAAAGCCCCAGUGCUUGACCUCUGCUGUACAGCUGCUUCAAGAUUUGCGUCUUUUCAUAAGUCACGCCAAGACGUUCCUCCAAGAGUGCGGAGAGCUGGAACCUCCAAUAGAGACUCUUCUUCCUGAAAACGAGAAAGACCAAGCACUGGAGAAGGCCAUGUUCCGCUGCGUGCUGAAGCCUCUGAAGCCACAGAUUGAUGCAGCACUUUGGAAUCUGCACAAGCAAGAUGGUUCCAUCCAGAGAAUGAUGGACAGCCUGCAAAGAGCUAAAGGAGCCUUGGCAAAGGAACUUUUUGGGGUUCAGGUGGGUGUACCUGAUGCCCAGGGCAUUGAAAAAAUUAGGCACAAACUGACUCUAAUGCAACAGGCCUAUUCACCCAUAGACAAAGUGCUGCUGCUCUUGCAGAUCUGCAAACUCAUAUACAAAGCAAUGAAAAACAAAUCAGGUCAAGAAUUUGGAGCAGAUGACUUCUUGCCUGCUCUCUCCUAUGUGAUGGUGUUGUGCAAUAUGCCCGAGAUCUCUCUGGAGGUGGAGUAUAUGAUGGAGCUUUUGGAAACCUCUUGGCUUACAGGAGAAGGUGGUUACUAUCUGACAAGUGUCUAUGCCAGUCUGAAUCUGAUCCAGAGUCAGCCAGAGGGUGUGCCACCCAGCGGCCUUACAAACCAAGCUAGAGAGUCUCUGAAGGAAUGGAGCCGGCGUCGAAGCAAUGAAACCACAAAUCAGAAAGACAACAAAUUGCACCAGAGGUUUGUAAAAGUGCUGUUCCAAGAUGGGGACAAUAGCGUGGUGAAAACUCUGCUGUGGAAGACUGGGGUCAACGGUGAGGCUAUGGCUCAGUUCUGUGCUGUGAAGUUUGGGGUGGACUGGCCUGAGGAUUACAGCCUGUACUGCAGAAGGGAUGGGGAUUUAAUGCCUCUACCAUUUAAUGCCCAGAUCCAAGACCUGCAGAGCAUGGGCGCAAGUGGGGUUCCUCUUGUCUACCAGGCAUCCAAUCAGGACGCAAGUUCCCAGAAGCUGAACAGAGAGGGAGCAGUGGAUCUCACAGAAGAGGCUUCAUAAUAUGUGACUUUCUGUCAUUUAGGUCAAACACUUGGUGCCAACAAUUCUGCAUUUCCACUGAAUUUAUUUAUUGUCAACUGUAAGAUGUGUUUAUGUUUCUUGCAUAUCUUUAGUUUUAGUAUGCAUCUCUGGUAAUUAUGGAUUGUAUUCAGUUCAGUUCAGUAUUCAGGUGUUUUGUGACCUUCACUGGCCUUGAUUUAUAUGACAUUCCCUUCGGUUAUAUUAUUGUAUCAUUUAAGUUUUGUAGAAUUUUCAGAGCAAGUUUAGAGCAGGGACUACUUGGUUAUUAAUGGAUUCAUUACUCCAACACAGUUCUCAGAACUCUUACUUUUGUAAAUAAAGGUUAAAAAGAAAAUUAUGGAAAUGUCACAUUUAAAAUAAAUACUUGUAUUAUAAUAUCUGUAUCAAAUGCAUUAUGGUGUUUUGAAAACUAAAUGUUGUGGUAUUUUGAAAGUAAAUGACAAUACAACACUUUAAUAAAAAUGAAUUGAGUUUA